UAAAGAGAGACAGGAGGAGCCUGAAACUCUCUUUUUCACAGCCAGUAGCAGUGAAACGUGGACUGUUGCUAGUCGAAACCCUUCCUCUGUCUUUUGUUCCAAAAUCAACCCUGCUGCUGUUUCUCAGCUGCCACUGCUGGAAAGGAAGCCGAUAAACCAACUACAGGAAUUCUUGGGGGGAAUAAACCAAAAUCACACUCACAAAACAAAAGCUGGAACUCCCAUCUGGAAGCUGUCAAGAAGACCCACAACGACCGCAAAAAGUUGCAAACCUCUUCUGAAACACUCACACACAAGAAUUUCACACAAGAAUCUUAACUGCUCUGCCAGGUGCAUGGGACUUAAAUUCUUGAAGCACUGAAUUGUUAAAGGUAAACUAUGACCACUUUGCUACUAGUAUUUGUGAGUUUGCAAGUCAUCACUACAGCCGCCUCUGUGGAAGUUUUAGAUCACGGAGUCACACUGAGUGUGAGCAUACCUUUACACUCCCCCUUGUGUGUUCCCCUGGGGCACACCCUGACAAUCCCCUGUUACUACAUUGACACAUUGGAGCACGUUACCACAGCCCCUUUUACCGCCCCCCUGUCCCCGAGAAUCAAAUGGAGCAGGUUCUCAGAAGGAAAGGAGGUCGUCUUGUUGGUGGCUCUAGACGGCCACGUUAGAAUCAACACUGCAUACCAAGACAUGGUUUCUCUGCCCAACUACCCAGCCAUUCCUACUGAUGCCACCCUGGAAAUCAAGGCUCUUCGAUCCAAUGAUACUGGGACCUAUCGCUGUGAGGUGAUUCAUGGCAUUGAGGACAGCCAAGAUAUGGUUGAUGUGAAGGUGAAAGGCAUCGUGUUCCACUACAGAGCCAUCUCGACCCGGUACACUUUGGACUUCCAGAAGGCCAAAGAAGCGUGCAUCCAGAACAGCGCUGUCAUCGCAACCCCUGAGCAGUUGCAGGCAGCCUACGAUGAUGGGUUUGACCAAUGCGAUGCAGGUUGGCUGUCGGAUCAGACUGUCAGAUACCCCAUUGUCUUUCCACGGAGCAAAUGUGAAGGAGAUAAGGAUGACAUCCCAGGGGUGCGGACUUAUGGUAUGCGCCCAGCAUCAGAGAUGUACGACGUAUACUGCUAUGUUGAGAAACUAAAUGGUGAGGUCUUUUUUGCAACCCAACCAGAACAAUUCACCUUCCUAGAAGCUAAAGAAUACUGUGAAAGCCAGAAUGCUACUCUGGCUUCCACUGGACAACUCUAUGCUGCCUGGAAACUGGGUCUAGACAACUGCCGUGCUGGCUGGCUGGCUGACGGCAGUCUCCGAUAUCCUAUCCGGCACCCACGUCAUGCUUGUGGGGGAGACAAACCUGGUGUGAGAACCACCUAUCUGCACCCAAAUCAGACCGGAUUCCCAGAUCCGCAAUCAAGGCACCAUGCCUUUUGCUUCAAAGCUCUACCAUCUCUGUACGAGGAAAUCGAGGAGGAUCUAAUUGCAGCCCAAGUGGUCCCAGGAGUUGAGGAGGUUCCUUCUGGAGAAGAGACGACUGUGGAAACGGAGUUUGCCACUGAUUCUGAAAAUCAGACCGAGUGGGGAACGGAGGUAUUUCCAACAAACAUAUCCUUGAUCUAUGUGAGUCCAUCAGCUGUUUCUCCUAUUGACGUGGAUGAAGUUCCCAUCACAGAGACAUCUGCGUCUGGGUGGACAUCAGGAGCACCAGAUAUCAGUGGAAAGUUUGAACCCAGUGGGGAACCCUCUAGUUUUAUAGAAAGUGGAUUUCCUUCUGGAGCCCCAGAUUUCAGCGGGCUCCCUUCUGGAGAAAGCGGGCUGCCAUCAGGAGACAUAAGCGGCCUGCCUUCGGGCAUUAUUGAAGUCAGCAUUUUACCUUCUGGAGAUGAAGAAUUGUCAGGAAUUGGUUCUGGAAUCCUGGACCAUAGGGAAAUAAUCCCUGGACUUCAAGAAGGCAAAGGAAUUCCAGAAAUUAGUGGGCUGCCUUCUGGGUUUAGUGGAGAGGGUUCUGGUGUGGACCUUCUCAGUGGCUUGCCAUCUGGAGAGUUUGAUUACAGUGGACUUGCAUCUGGAUUUCCAACUGUGUCUCUUGUGAAUGCCACGUUGGUGGAAGUUGUAACCACAGAGACAGAAAAGGAAGUGGAAGGAAAGGGAACAAUUCUGCUCGGCAGAGAUGGAGACUUAUCAGGUUUGCCCUCCAGUGAGUGGCACAUUGAUGGGAUAACCAGUGGGUUACCGUCAGGAGAGGACAUUAGUGGAAUAUCUGGUAUCAGUGGGUUUUCCUCGGGACUUGAUAUCACUGGAGAACUGUCUGGGAUACCUGAUAUAAGUGGAUUACCGUCGGGACUUGAUGCUGAUGGGCAACUGUCUGGUUUACCAGAUAUCAGUGGACUAUCCUCGGGAAUUGACCUCAGUGGAGCACCAUUUGGGAUACCUGAUAUAAUUGGUUCUGUGGACUUCAGUGGACUGGGUUCAGGUGUCGAUGGAAGUGGUGAACCUUCUGGGGUUACCUUCAUCGGUGCCAAUUUGUUUGAAGUGACAACCCCUUCCACUAAGAAAGAAGAAGGGAAAGGGACUGUAGAAUUAAGUGGCUUGUUUUCAGGUGAUGGGGAAUCUGGAACCCUGUCUGGAAAUGUGGACCUAAGUGGUCAGACUUCUGGCCAAAUAGACUUCAGUGGAUGGACUGUAGAAACUCAUGAAGUCAGUGGACUUCCAAGUGGACUAACAGAUAUCAGUGGAGAAAGUUCUGGUGCUGGUCUCACCAGUGGCUCGCCAUCUGGAAUUUUUGAUUAUAGUGGGCUCCCGUCUGGGUUUCCUACCAUUUCUCUUGUGGAUACAACUUUGGUGGAAGUUGCAACACAGCCAUCUGUGGCACAGGAAGCCGGAGAAGGGACAUCUGGAAUAUUUGAAUUUAGUGGGUUUCCUUCUGGGGAAACGUCUGGUGAACCAUAUGAUGUGACCACUGUUAGUGGGCUGUCAUCAGGGGCAGUAGACAUCAGCGGGACAUCAUCAGGCAUUCCAUAUUUUAGUGGAGAAAUUGCUAGUGUCACUGACCUAAGUGGAGAGCCCUCAGCUGUAUCUGGGACUAGUGGUGACGUUUCUGGAAUUCCAGAAGUCACUUUAGUACAUUCUGAUUUAGUAGAAGCUGUGACAGACCCAACAGUUUCACAGGAACUUGCUGGUGGAACAGAAUCAAUGCCUCCCCAUUUUUCUGAACCAAGUGGGGAAGCCUUCACAUCUAGUGGAGAGACUUCUGCAUAUCCCGAAAGUACCAUUAAAACCCCUGAAUAUCAUGAUCUUACUGACGAAACAGCUACCAUCCAUGAAGGUAGUGUAGAAACUUCUACUAUCCAUGAAAUUAGUGGAGAAGCAUCAUCCGAAAGACACCCAGAAACGUCCACCUUUUUUGAAACAGGUAGUGAAACAUCUGCAUUACCUGGAAGCCAUCCAGAAACUUCUGGGGUACCUUUUAUCCAUGGCUUGCCCUCUGAACAAUAUGAAGAACAAAGCCAGAUUCAUGGGGAUAGUUCAGGGCCACCUUCUCAGCCUGCCUCGGAUGGUCCAGAGGAGACCUUUUUACCAGACAUGCUGCCUAGCACCAAUGACCCAGAUUCUGAACUAACUGAACAUGCCAAAGAUCCAAAAGAGACCCAAGUUGAAACCGAGGCUUAUACACAUAUACUGUCUGAAAUGGGAGCAUUUCCGGAUGUUCUGCUCACUCCUCCUUCUACUACAGAUGUCCUACCUGAAGUGCCACCAGAGGUGAUAGAGCCUAUAGCAGAAGGUUCUCCCAAGACGUGUGAAGAAAAGCUGUGCGGGGUUGGAACCUGCCAAGAGCAAGACAGCCGCAUCACUUGCUUGUGCCCACCUGGAUAUACGGGCGAUCACUGUGAUAUAGACAUUGAUGAGUGCCACUCCAGCCCCUGUCUGAAUGGAGCUACCUGCGCUGAUGGCAUCCACACUUUCAAAUGCUUAUGCCUUCCCAGCUACGGAGGGGACCUCUGUGACAUCGAUCUGGCAGAAUGUGACGUGGGCUGGACCAAAUUCCAAGGCAACUGCUACAAAUAUUUUGAAGAGCGGCACACGUGGGUGGAUGCCGAAAACCUGUGCCGUGAACACCAGUCACACCUCAGCAGCAUCAUCACUCCGGAGGAACAGGAGUUUGUAAACAAUAAUGCGCAGGACUACCAAUGGAUUGGCCUCAGUGACAGGGCUGUCGAACAUGACUUCCGGUGGUCAGAUGGACACUCCCUUCAAUAUGAGAACUGGCGACCCAACCAACCCGACAACUUCUUUGCCACGGGAGAAGAUUGCGUGGUAAUGAUUUGGCAUGAGAAAGGCGAAUGGAAUGAUGUUCCUUGCAACUAUCACCUCCCGUUCACCUGCAAGAAAGGAACAGUGGCCUGCAGUAACCCACCCGAGGUAGAGAACGCGAGGCACUUCGGAAAGAAGAAAGACCGCUACGAGAUCAACUCUAUGGUGCGGUAUCAGUGCAGCCAAGGCUACCUGCAGCGCCACGUGCCCACAAUUCGGUGUCAACCCAACGGAGAGUGGCAAGAGCCACAGAUAGCCUGCAUAGAUCCCUCCACCUACAAACGCAGACUACAUAAGAGAAGCCCGCGGUCUCGGUCAAGGACCAAUCCAGGAACGGCACAGAGAGCCGCCCAUUAAAGAAACGAGAGCGAGAGAUAAGAGAGAGAUUUUUAUGGAACAGUUAUAUUAACAGAACCAGUUUUUCUUCAUUGCUUUUUUUUUUGUCGUUGUUAUAUAAGGAAAAAUUAUAUUAAAGAAAAAAAUCCACCUUGUGUAUAUGUAAAGAAAAAAUAAGAGGGGAGGAAAGAAACAUUUUCAAAGCAGCCAAACGAAAGCUAUUAUGAUUCCAGUAUUAUUUUUUUAACUAACAACCUGGAUCUUUGUGCCUUGGGGGGGAGGGGGAAAGGGGAGCACAAGAGGGUAAGUUAAAUAAUAAAAAAUAUUAAGGGGGUCCCGACGUUAGCCAUUGGCUAUGUAACUAUUUAAUCUGCCAGGCGGGCAAGAGUUUUAUUAUUUCUGUGAGCCAUUUUUGCUGCUUCUUCUCCAUGCAGCUUCAAUCUUGGGAUUUAGAGGGGCGGCUGCGAACGUCACAGAACCGGAGAUGAAUCGAGGCGUUGUGGCCAGAGGGGGAGGGAUGGCAGGAUUCACACCUCUUCAAGAGGACGGGGGAUGGACAACCGUUGCUCAUUUGGUUAUAUUAAUGCCUUUAAAUAAAUGCAAAUGGAAAAGCAUGUGUGGAGGCUGAAAUUAACGAGGACCACCUGACCAGGUGGGAAAAACCAGCAAAGGGCAGCAAUUAUGUGGGGACAGACGUAGAGCUAAACCCUGGGAGAUCUGUGUCUCUUGCUUUUAACCCUACCCCUUUCCUCGUCAAUAUCCACCUACUCAGGCCUGGUUCCAGCAUCACUCCCCCACCCCAGUUUAUUUUGGGCUUUCAGUUUUGUGAGGGAAAUGGAAGAAAAAAAUGGCUGGAGGCAGAAACCGGGCCAGCGAGACUCAGGGUUGACACAGGCCCGGCAAUGUCCAUCUUCGAAAGAAUGUUCCCCGUGGGAUCAGAUGCCUCAAAGCCGAUGCUCUGAGUGACCAUCGAUCUUUUUUUACCAAGCGGCCACAGAACCACGGAGUGGACAUAAUCACUUUGGCCCUGCGUGUUAUGUCCUGUCUAGUGGUGAAGAGAGGUUGGCUAUUCCCAUGAACAGGUAUAAACCCAAGAAAAAUGCCUUAUACUGAGUCAGAUUGUUGGUACAGCAACGUCAAUAUUGUCUGCUCUGACCAGCAGCUGCUAUCCAAGGUUUCAGGCUGAGAUCUUUCACAUUACUUGCCACCUGGUCCUUUUAACUGGAGGUUCCGGGGAUCGAACCCGGGACCUUCUGCAAUCCAAGCAGAAGCUCUUCUGCUGAGCCACAGGUCCUCUCCAAGAGGUUGGUUCAAAGACCCCAGGGCCAGAAUGUCCCAUUAACUGAUUGGAGAACUGCCCAGUGGGCUUGGAACGCAGCUCUUCCACAAGAGAAUUGCAUUUGCAUUGGGGUAAAUCCCCCACCCUUCAAUCCUAAACAGAGCUAUAUCUUUUGAAGUCCACUGAAAUCAGUGGGCGUAGGCCAGAUUGACUGUUUUAGGAGUACAUUGCCAGUCGUUUGCUACUUCCAACCAGGGUAAGCUCUGGAAAGAAUCUCAAGCAGCACACAACAGAAGAGUUCUCUUCGUUUCUUGCGCACAGCAACCAAAGUGCACUGCUUUCGAACACGGAGAGUUUUCGUUGAAGUUCUCAUGACUAGUAGCCAUUUGUAGUCACAAAUCACCCCAAAUAUGUCUAAUCCAAGGUGACCAGAUUUUCACCUUUUUAAAGUGGGACGCACGCAGCC